UCCAAACCCUCGCGUAUAAAUAGUGUCCACCCGAUCCUCCGUGAAGCUCUCUGCUUCGAGGUUCUCUUGGCGAUUUCUGCGCUGCUUGUUUGGAACGAUCCAAUAGAGAGGAGAGACCUCUGCAAUCAUGUUGGUCUACCAGGACUUGCUCACUGAUGAUGAGCUUCUUUCAGACUCAUUUCCAUACAAGGAAAUCCAGAAUGGGGUGUUGUGGGAGGUUGAAGGAAAGUGGGUUGUUAUGGGAGCAGUUGAUGUUGAUAUUGGUGCAAAUCCUUCUGCUGAAGGUAAUGGUGAUGAUGAGGGUGUCGACGAUCAAGUUGUCAAAGUUGUUGAUAUUGUUGACACAUUCAGGCUCCAGGAGCAACCUGCUUUUGAUAAGAAGCAGUUUGUUACAUACAUGAAAAGGUACAUCAAGUUGUUGACAGCCAAGCUGGAUGCGGAUAAGCGAGAGGAGUUUAAGAGGAAUAUUGAGGGGGCAACUAAGUUCUUGCUCUCAAAGCUCAGUGACCUCCAGUUUUUUGUUGGGGAGAGCAUGCAUGAUGACGGUACUCUGGUGUUUGCUUACUACAAGGAUGGCGCUACUGACCCAACAUUUUUGUACUUUGCCCAUGGGUUGAAGGAGGUUAAGUGUUGAGAAAGACUAAAAUUCAACGGCUGUUCUUCGGAGCGGGACACAAGUUUUAGUUUAUCAUUCCGUGUUUCUCUUUAAUUUUUGCACCACUCAUCUUAGUCACACCUCUUCAACUGUUUGAUGCUACCUCUGGAUUAUCACAUGUAUGGGCUUUUGAUUUGUAUUUUUAUUUUGGUUUGGCUGCGAAAAUAUGCUUUUGAUGUCCAUUAUCCUUUUGCAUUUAAAGUGGAACCUCCUGAAAUAAAAAGAAAAUUUCAUCUUA